CCGUUCCCGUCGAAGAUCUACAAGAUGAUCAACGGCUUGGACGGCACCGUGGGCGGCUGGAGCGACGCGGGCGACUCGAUGGUCAUCUUGGACGCGGAGACGCUCGCGUCCGAGGUCAUCCCGCAGUACUUCAAGCACAUCAACUUCAGCAGCUUCGUGCGCCGGCUCAAAAACUACGGCUUCCGCAACCUCAGCGCGAACCGGAACCAGUACACGACGCCGCGGCGCUGGGAGUUCAAGCACGUCAACUUCCGCCGGGGCCGGCCCGAGCUCCUCGUGCAGAUCCGGCUCGCGAAG